AGAAUGGCCGCACGGUUCUGAGACUGCGGAUACUGGCGCGGCGGCGUCAAGAUGGCGGCAGCAGUGGCGGCGGCGGCAGCAGCGGCGGCCGCAGCUGCAUCCCUUCAGGUGCUGGAGAUGGAGAGCAUGGAGACGGCCGCCGCCGGCUCAGCGGGUCUGGCCGCCGAGGUCCGAGGCAGCGGCACGGUGGACUUCGGGCCCGGGCCCGGGAUCUCUGCCAUGGAAGCAAGCGGGGGCGAUCCUGGCCCGGAGGCUGAGGACUUCGAGUGCAGCUCCCACUGCUCGGAGCUGUCCUGGCGGCAGAACGAGCAGCGGCGCCAAGGCCUUUUCUGCGACAUCACUUUGUGCUUCGGUGGCGCCGGAGGCCGCGAGUUCCGGGCCCACCGCUCCGUGCUGGCUGCCGCCACCGAGUACUUCACACCCCUGCUCUCGGGCCAGUUUUCCGAGUCGCGCUCGGGCCGGGUGGAGAUGCGCAAGUGGAGCUCGGAGCCGGGGCCCGAACCCGACACGGUGGAAGCCGUUAUCGAAUACAUGUACACCGGCCGCAUUCGCGUCAGCACCGGCAGUGUGCACGAGGUGCUGGAGUUGGCCGACAGAUUCUUAUUAAUUCGCUUAAAAGAAUUUUGUGGAGAAUUUCUCAAGAAAAAACUUCAUCUCUCAAAUUGUGUGGCCAUUCAUAGUUUAGCGCACAUGUAUACCCUGAGUCAACUUGCUCUAAAAGCUGCUGAUAUGAUACGGAGAAAUUUCUACAAAGUCAUUCAGGAUGAAGAAUUUUAUACCUUACCUUUCCAUCUCAUUCGAGAUUGGCUUUCAGACUUGGAAAUUACGGUUGAUUCUGAAGAGGUUCUCUUUGAAACAGUUUUGAAGUGGGUUCAGAGAAAUGCUGAAGAGAGAGAGAGAUACUUUGAAGAACUUUUUAAAUUGCUCAGGUUGUCCCAGAUGAAACCUACCUAUCUUACUCGACAUGUCAAACCAGAGAGGCUGGUGGCCAAUAAUGAAGUUUGUGUCAAGCUGGUGGCAGAUGCAGUGGAGAGGCAUGCUCUGAGAGCUGAGAACAUACAAUCUGGCACAUUCCAGCAUCCUACUUCUCAUGUCUCAUUAUUACCUCGCUAUGGGCAAAAUAUGGAUGUGAUCAUGGUUAUUGGAGGUGUGUCAGAAGGAGGUGAUUAUUUAAGUGAAUGUGUGGGAUAUUUUGUUGAUGAGGACAGAUGGGUGAACCUGCCCCAUAUUCAUAAUCACCUUGAUGGACAUGCUGUGGCAGUAACAGAAUCCUAUGUGUAUGUUGCGGGAUCAAUGGAACCAGGGUUUGCUAAAACUGUGGAAAGGUACAACCCAAAUUUGAAUACAUGGGAGCAUGUUUGUAGUCUGAUGACAAGGAAGCAUUCUUUUGGGCUAACAGAAGUUAAGGGGAAGCUGUAUAGCAUUGGUGGACAUGGCAACUUUAGUCCUGGCUUUAAAGAUGUGACUGUUUAUAAUCCUGAGCUUGAUAAAUGGCACAACUUGGAAUCAGCACCAAAGAUUCUUCGAGAUGUCAAAGCGCUCGCCAUCGAAGACCGAUUUGUGUACAUUGCUGCCCGCACUCCUGUGGACCGAGACACUGAGGAUGGGUUGAAGGCUGUAAUUACAUGCUAUGAUACAGAGACUCGACAGUGGCAGGAUGUGGAAUCUUUGCCACUUAUUGACAAUUACUGCUUUUUCCAGAUGUCUGUGGUCAAUUCAAACUUUUAUCAGACGGCAUCAUGCUGUCCCAAGAGUUAUUCUUUAGAAAAUGAAGAGGCAGUAAGAAAAAUUGCCAGCCAAGUGUCUGAUGAGAUCCUUGAAAGCUUGCCUCCAGAAGUCCUAAGCAUUGAAGGAGCAGCCAUUUGUUAUUACAAAGACGAUGUCUUCAUUAUUGGAGGCUGGAAAAACAGUGAUGAUAUUGACAAACAGUACCGGAAAGAAGCCUACCGAUACUGUGCAGAGAGAAAAAGGUGGAUGCUCCUUCCUCCCAUGCCACAGCCUCGUUGUAGAGCCACUGCUUGUCACGUCAGGAUCCCAUACCGGUACUUGCAUGGCACACAGAGAUAUCCUAUGCCUCAAAAUCUAAUGUGGCAGAAGGACCGCAUCAGACAGAUGCAAGAAAUACAUCGGCAUGCCCUGAACAUGCGGCGGGUGCCAAGCUCCCAGAUUGAAUGCUAAAUUCUCUAACACAUGCAGCUUAUAAACUGUUCUCCAUGUUUAAACAUGAAGCUGAAGAUACCCAGACUGUUACUUGAAAAAGUAUGUCGAUAACUUAUUUUCUACCUGGAAUGAUUAUAACUCCAUGUAAAGGAAGUAUAGUUAAAAACUGAAGAAUGGGAAACUGAAUUCAAUACAUGGUAAUUUUUGUUAGUUUG